AAUAUCGACUUAACACAUCAGUACAGUGCAAGAAGUUAUAUGUAGUAUAAUUUCUGCUUUUCCAACUGCAUUUCGUUCAUACCGUCAUUUAUGUAAUAAACAAAGUUGCAUUUCGGUAUUGACGACCAAGUUUCAAGACUCAAAGUCUUUGACGGCAGCAAACCAAGAACAGCACGAGUAUAUACGGUCACUAGCUAUGGCGAUAGAAUGUCCGAUUUGGCUUGACGCUUGUUACGUGCAAAAGACGCUACGGAAUGCCGAGCAAGACGAAUCUAUCGAGGUUUCGGGGAUAACCGUAAAGCCAGCCACGGUCAAAGGUGACAAUUAUAGUAGCAAUAUGCAUCGCAUCAGCGUGAUAUUUUCUCGGAUUCGGAAGGGGCAAAAGAUCAUAGAGACGAAAUCGCUUAUAGCAAAAGUUAUACCUGAAAGCACACCCGAGGACGAGGAUAUGUACGUUGGAUUUUUUGAAGUGGAAAUGUCAAUGGUGUCCGAAACUUUGCCGCUGAUGAACAAAGCCUUAACGGAACUCGGUAUGAGCAUUUCGCUAUCUGCAGAAUGUCUGUACGUCCAACGUGAAGAUCCAGUGCAUCUGAUCAUCGAAGAUCUGACACCCGCGGGGUAUCGAAUGGCCGAACGCGAAGCAGGUUUAGAUUUGAACCACUGCUUGGUCGCUAUUCGGAAUCUCGGUGCUUUUCAUGCGAGCUCGAUAUCGCUUGCGGAAAAGGAACCCACGGCCGUGAAAAAGUACACCAGAGGAAUGUUCCACAAAGAUCACGGUUUGAUAGUGGUUGAAUUUUUCAAAUCAGGGACAAAGACCCUCGCGGAAGAGACCGCGAAAUGGCCUGAACUGAGUCCGGGGAUUUCUGAGAAGAUCUCGAAGCUAUCCGAAGUUAUCUAUGAAAAAGCAUGCGAAGUGACUCGUCUUGAAGACGAUAACUUCAACGUCCUCAACCACGCAGAUUUCUGGAUAAAUAAUAUGCUGUUUCGCUACGACGAUCAUCAAAAACCCAUCGACUAUAAAUUUGUCGACUUUCAAACUUGUCACUACGGUUCUCCAGCAGUAGACUUACUCUACUUUUUCGGAACCAGUCCGGCUAUCGACGUGCUAAUGCAACACCGAGAAUUUAUUACACGCGAGUACUUAGUCACCCUGACCGAUAUUAUGGCUAAACUUGAAUGCAGCACGACACCGCCGAGUUUUGACGAUUUGCAGGAGAUACUACGAAAGAACGCUUUCUACGAGGUGGUCGCGUCUUUUACAAUAUUGCCACUCGUAUUAGUCGACAAGAGCAAAGCGAAGAGUAUCGACGAAAUAUUGUACGCUGAUGAGAAAUUUGAAAACCCGGCCUACCAGGGAGAGUCGUAUCGGAAAGUGAUGACCAGACUUCUACCGCUCUACGACAGCAUGGGACUUCUUGAUUUAUAGCUGUGGAAUUCUGAGGAUAUGUUAGACGGCAUUCGCGUUAAUUGGAGCAUCACUUCGUGUUACCGUUUGAGUUUCAUCUAUGCUAAACU